AUCAACUAUUUACAGCUAUCUCUUUAUAUAUUCAACAAUAAACUUUCAAAUUCAACCUCCCACAUAAGCAUCUUAUUUUUACACAUCAAAAUCACAUGUUUACACCCAAAAAUUCAAGAAUUUACAAUCAGAAAUUCAAAUCUUAAUGUUCAUGAAUUACAUGGAACAUUGGUAGACCUCAAAUGCCAUUCCAAUAUUGCACAAACUGUCAAAUCAUCACAACAGAUAGUGCAAUUUCUGAUCUACCAUUUAUAUUAUUUUAGAAACUCAAACAAGGUAGAUGAGAAUAAUCAGAAUAGAAUAACAAUGAAAUAAGAUGAAAUUCGAGGGGCUAAGUAAUCUAGAAAAAUGCAAUAAGCUAAAAUCUCCUUCAUUCAAGCAAACCCCAACAAGAAUAUGGCAUAAAAUCGAAAUCAGUGGAUGAAAACCCAAAUAUUCCAUAAUACAUACCUGAAUAACAUUUACUAGCUGUGAACACAUACAUGAGACGGGGGGAGAAGACAGGAUGGGAAGGAAGAUGAAAGACGAAAGAUUGAAGAUAUGCCUAAACUAGCACAAACAGAAAACAAUGAUGAAGAUGUCCCUAAAUGAGGAAGACGAACAACUAGGAAGGCAAACAAUGAAGAAGACAUCCCUGAAUGAGAAAGAUGGAGAUUGUUGCAUCUAAGAUGGGAAGGACAUUGAUGGCAAAGAGAUCUUGACUUUGAUUGCAUGCUUGAGAGAGGGGGUCUUCAAUUGACUGUUCUAAAAAAAAUUCCCAUUAGCCCUAGCUUUUGGCGAUCUCAGCUCCAUUUGCACAGUGAGUCAUUCUGAAGGGGAGAGGAUUCUAUGGCAGGCCAAGAUAACGUCAAGCAUCUUGAAGACUGCUCCGUUUCCAAUGCAUUAGGCACUUGGGUGUUCUCAGUAGCAGGAGCAUUGCUGGCAAUUCCAGUAGGGAUAAAGCGCAAGUCUCUGGCACCGCUUGUAUUCUUUGGAACGACAGGCACUAUGCUGGACAUCAUCAUGGGAAUUAGUCAAUGCGAAAGGGAACAUGCAGAGCGCCAAAUGAAGCUACUUGAAGCUCAAGCAGCUGCAAAUGACACGCCAACUGAAACUGAAUCAUGAUAUUCAGGUGUUCUUAGUAUUGUCAACUUAUAUUUGUAGAUGGGUGUAACAAACAAGCGUGCAUUUUUUGGUCACUCGUUGCUCAUGCUGGUGAAUAAGAAAGGAAGGAUUUCUUUGUUA